GAGCCUUUAUACAUAGCCCUGCAUCUUCUCCAAUUUAACUCAUGAGUGAGACAGCCGCAAUUUUCAAGAUAUUGUCAAUAGUUAUGCCUUUCGAAUUUAUCAAUAAUGCAGAAAUCAAUCGUGCAGCCCGAAAACGCAUUCGGAGUCACGUCGCGUUGGGAAGGAACGCUGGAAAGAAGCUUGUUCGACCGUCGAAAAUGAGACCAACUGGAAUGAAACGUGUAGUCACGUCGGCUGGUAUAAAUUUGGAAGCUGCCCAGAUUGACUCGAUUCGUCUCGAACAAAAAGACUCGGAGGAGAAUAGCAUGUACGAGAUCGAGCGACAGGUUGGGGAUAGCAUUACUUGUCUUUCGCUUCCAAAUCACGCUUUCAAAGAUAGAAAAAUCAUUCAGAGAACUUUUUCAUUCAUAAGCGGUAUAGGACACCCUGUGGAAUUGAGCAAAGCUCUUAUUAAAACUCAAAAAUCUACUUCAAUAUUCGUCCAAUUCAUGGUUUCAGACGAAGCAUGCUUACACUGUGGCAUAGCUGUAUCAGUUACGGCUCUCAAUAAUGUCGUCGUAAAUCGGGAAGAUCCUAAGAUAGCAAUGCAUCACCUUUCACUUGCAUUUCGCUUGAUCAAUGACAAAUUAUCUGGAAACGAUGCCGUAGCUGACACUACUAUUGCGGUUGUUUUGACUAUGUCACAUUAUUAUAGGUUGCAGGGUCAAUUUAGCCAGGGCCUUAUACAUCUUGAAGGAAUAGAAAGGAUGGUUAAGAUGAGAGGUGGUAUCUCGAAUUUCAAAAGGGAACAAUUUACUCUUGCUCAAAAGAUAUUCAGAGCUGAUCUCGAAUAUUCUCUCCAUUGGGGCACCCGCACACGGUACUCCAGUCAUGAUAUUGAAUCCAAUGAUAUAUUCUGCAUAAUUGGGAGCAAAAAUCCAGACUUCUACAAGAAACAGGCAGUUUCUUGUGCAUUAGUUUCAUUGCCAUUGAGCACCGGUCUCCUUACCCUUCUGGUAGAUAUUAUUCAUUUCGCUUGGUUGCUCAAUGAGGCCAUAAUCGGGAGAGCUCCGCCUUUGUGUGGCUACAAGCUUCACAAUACGCUUCUUUUUUUUGGAUAUCGUCUCCUCUCUAUGUAUCCUUUAGGAGGUUGUCGCCCUAAAAAUUCUCUAGAGAAUGCAAUUCACUUAGGACUGACAUCAUUCAUCGUAACAUUUAUGCGUGGUCUUGAUGGGAAAGUCCCAGGCAAUUCAUUGUUGGCUAGUUUAAUCAGGUCUUCUGCACAAGAACUUUCCAAAAUCGAACAUGGAUCUCCAGAGGCAUUACUCUGGCUAUUGCUUAUGGGUAAAGCUUCAAUUUUCGGACAUUCUGAUGACACUUGGCUAGCUUCAGACAUAAGUCAAACUAUGCAAGUUCUCGGUCUUCAAGGCCAUACUGAUGUACAACAAAAGCUGGAGAACUUUCCUUGGGUUUAUACCUUACACGAUAAAGAAGUCAGAGCAUUACUGCAAUCGAUUGAAGGGUCUAAUUCCGAUAAUUUGAGCGCUUCGAGAAAAAAUACCAAUUCUCAUAAUGAAAAGGGGUAUAACUCCUUAACAAGUUGGCAAGAAUAGAGUUGGCUGGGUGAAAGAAAAAAGGGUGUGUGGAGAGAGAACUGAUCUACCACUGAUACAUGUAGUCAAAUACACCACUGAUAAAAGAAAGAAGCUAUAUGAGUAGUUGAAAAAGAACUAGCACUAAUACUAAGCAGCUUCA